AUGGAGGGAAUGGUGGAAAUCAACCAUGAUACCGCAAGUGUCAUAGAGGACAAUAUACCAUGCAAAAUUGAAGAGGGUCUCUACUUGGGUUCUCUUGGAGCUGCGAGUAACAAGAGUGCUUUGAAAAGCUUGAAUAUCACACACAUAUUGACAGUGGCCAACUCCCUGCCCCCUGUUCACGCAAAUGACUUUGUCUACAAGAUAGUUGAUAUACCAGACAGAGAAGACGUAAAGAUUUCGCAAUAUUUUGAUGAUUGUUUUGAAUUCAUUGACGAUGCUAAGAAGAAAGGUGGUGGUGUUUUGGUUCAUUGCUUUGUGGGAAGAUCGCGGAGCGUAACUAUAGUCGUUGCUUAUUUAAUGAAAAAGCAUGGUAUGAGCCUAUCUCAAGCAUUGGAUCACGUCAGAAGUAAAAGACCGGUGGCAUCUCCUAAUAAGGGUUUCAUGUCGCAACUGAUGGAUUUCGAGAAAACACUUAAAGGAUCUCAGUCUGCAAAUGAAGGGUAG